AUGCCAUGCUUUCACAUGUGCGCCUCUUCCGCGCCAAUCGACACAUGUCAGCCUUCCCACUCCUCCCUCGCGAGAUCCAGAUUGCAUGCAUCCCCGGCACAAACCUUGCGGGCACCAAGCAUGUGUCUCCGGUCCUCAAAGCUAAUGCUGCUGCUGCUGCAUGCCAUUGACGCCUCUGUCCCACAUGGGCGUGGGAAGAGUUUACGAGUGCCGCGCCCAGCCUGCCAGGCCUUUGGGACGAUGGCAUCUCAAGCCCAUAAGCUCCCCCGGAAAACUGGGGGGCCGUGGUAUGACAGGUGGGAUGCCAUGACGCUGGCUUUGUGUCCCAGCUUGUUCUUGUGUUCUUGA